UUAUUCCGUGUGGUAAACAAGUUUUCCAUAAAGUUAUUUCAUUUUUCACCUUAAAAUGGCCAAUAACAAUACAAUUACUCCGUGGAAAACAACUGUUAUUGUUAGUUCCUCUCUUCAGAAUAAUGAAUUAUCUAGGCUACUUUCAGCACAGCAGCACAGACUCCGUUUCUCAGACAGUGUUGAACCUGGUUCCUUCGUUUUUCCUCUCUCAGGUACAGCGUUCAUGCUGAUCACACCGGAGCAGUUCCCAGAGAAGACUGAAAGUGCAGAGUUCUUUGAAAGGAUCGAAAAAUUCGUCCAGGUUCACAGGAACAGCUUUAUUCUGCUCCAGUCUCCAGUGUUUGGAACCGAGGAAUGGGAGUUUGUGUCUACAUUACAGAACAGGUUAUAUUUUGAUUUCUCUACCAGAUUCUUUGGCAGUAAUGUCAAAGUCUUACCCAUCCACAGUAACGGCGAUGCUGUCAGGAGUAUGCUCACCAUCGCUAAAGCCACCAGUAAACCCCAUGUGGACAGCGUCCGGGAUCGAAUGAAUUUGGCUCGAGCUCGAAUCAUCAAACGCAGCCCAGUUUGGGACCUUCUUCAAAGCGUGCAGCCCCAGUGAUAUAGACCAGUGGUUUGCACUACAAGCACAAUUCCAGAAAAGUUUGGACGGUAGAUAAUAUACAAAAAUCUAACAGUAAGCAGUGAGUAUUUUGGCGUUUCCUUUUCCUAAAUGAUUACAAAACACUGUUAAAGAGAAAGGUGAUACAGAACAGUGGUAAAACAUGAACCUGUCCCAGCUUUUUGUGUGUGAAUUUCAUGUAAAUGCUUGAGUGUACUUAUAUACAACCUCAAUACAACCUGUAUUCAAUUAAAAACACAUAGACGACAUGCAGGCACAAACCCCAUUUCCCGAAAAUUUGGUCCUCUGUGAUUUGUUAAUCCCCCCCGAUCUUAUCGAUGCCUGCAAGGGCAGUUAUAGCCUAGUGGUUAAAGUACUGUACCUUUUACUGUUGGGCCCUUGAGCUUAGACAAUAUACUGUCACAGUACUGUAAAAGUGUCUGCUAAAUGGCAAAAUGUAAAUGCAACACACUCCAAAAAGGUUGGGACAGAGGUGUGUUUACCCCUGUGUUUUAUCAGCUUUACUAUUAAUGAGACUUUUUAUUGGUUUGGCAACUGGGGACACUAAUCGUUCAAGUUUUGGAAGAGGAUUUUUUCUCCUUUUCAACCAUAUUUUGUUGUAUAUAUUGUUUUCUUUGUGUGUUUUUAAUGAUAUACGGAUUGUAUUUAGGUUGUACUAAGGUUGUUUGUAAGCACAAUUCAUGCACUUAAACUUUCACAUACAAUUGUUAAAGUAUUAUUCAUGGAUACACAUCUCAUUCACUACACAGACACUGACACCUUUACUAGUGUUAAUAUAGAGUUUUAUUUACUAUUUUGUAAAAUAGUAUAAAUUGUUAUACUUGUGUUUUAGAAGUAAAAAUGAAAAGCUGAUCUUAAGACAGCAUGUUAUCCAUGUUAAAAACCCAGAUCGCUUCUUGCUGUUUUUCUAACAAUUCUUCUAAUUUUGGUUGAUGAAUAAAACGAUGUUGUGGUUUA